AUGUCCUGUAAUCGCUCAGGAAUUCUCACCGCAAGUUGGUCUUCUUCAGAAAAAAUCAUUUCUUUCAUUGCCCUUUUUGUGGUCAAUUUCCUGGCGGUUACCGGCAACUUCUUGGUUGUGAUAGUUAUUGCGCGCACGAGGCAGCUUCGUCGGAAGGAAUCAAACUGGUUUGUGGUAAACUUGGCGCUCGCCGAUCUGUUUGUUGCCUUCACUGUAAUCCCAACGACAUUGGACACCUUAAUGAGUGGCGGCUUUCGACUCGGAUUCAAAUUUAAGGAGUUUAUCGGCUUUGCAAACUUUCUAUUUUGUAUUUGUUCCAUCAUGAACUUGCAGCUACUAUCGUUCGACCGAUGGUUUGCGAUUGCGAAACCAUUCAAAUACAUAUCUUUUGUUAGCCCGAGAAAAGCCGUGGCGGCGUCUUUGCUUGUCUGGCUUUAUGCUAUGUUCUGUGCUCUUCCGCCAAAAUUCGGCCUAAGUUCAUAUUUCUGUUUCAUCCCUAAUCUGGAUAACUGCGAUAUUGAAAAAGACUGGUCUGGAUCAAGUGGAUCUCUCGUCUUCGCCAUCGCAGUGUUAGGGCUAACAUACUGUUUCGCACUGACUGUAAUGGCAGUUUGCUACUGGAAAAUAUUCGGAAUCGCGCGUUCACACGUUCGGAGGAUAAACGUUCAGAAUUUUCCCAAUUGCAUGUCAAGUGAAAAAUUUCAACCACUGCAAAUGAAGGAUAUUUCAUAUUCGUCGACUUCUCGAAUAGAAACACCAAGGAAAACUUUCGAAAUUUUCGCUCCUAUUGCUUCAAACAGCAGACAAACUCGGGGACAUCGCUCCCACGCAUCCGACAUUCGAACAGCAAAAAGUUUCCUUACCGUGAUCGGGGCGUACUUUUUUUGCUGGACUCCUUUCUGUGUAAAAUUGUUCCUAGACAUCCUAAAACAGGAAAAAAUCAACCCCAAAGUGAGUUUGAUUUUUCUGUGGCUGGGUUAUACAAAUAGCUGCUUAAAUCCUCUCAUUUAUACCUGGAAGUACAAACAGUUCAGGAGCGCUUUGAUAUUAGCUACGAAGAAAUUUCGCGGGAGAUUUUCUGUGAGCAGAUCGAGCCGGCAAUAA